AUGACCAUAUCGAUCAUACCAAAAUCAUUGAAAAAUAUUAGUUUCGUAGAAAUAUUUCAACGUAAUCUUAUUUAUUUGCAGAUCUUUACGUUUCGAUUAAAAUUUUCUCUUGAAGAUUAUCAAAAUAAAAAUAUACCAUUAACAUGGAAAACAUUUCGAAUUACAUUUAUGCUUACAUCAAUGACAUUGACAGCUAUAUUUUGCCUUGGAUUGUUGACUUUAUUUCCUAAAAAUCAUCCAUUCAUGAGUUUUCAUAAUAUUGAAACAAUAUUAAAAACUGAUCGUAUGGAUUUAUUUACAAUGGCAUUAUUUAUCAUGGUUAUUACAUUGGAAGCAAUGUUUUUUCAUUUAUCAAGCGAAGUUUUAAAUUAUCGAAUGAUUGCAUAUCGAUUAUAUAUUAUUAAUGGCAUAGCUACAAUUGCUAUUGGAUAUUAUUGGGCUAUCAUAUUCUAUGAAGAAAAUAUUAUAACAUUAAAAGAAUCGGUUUUAAGUAUGUUAGCAUUUGGUUUAAUUAUUACUGAUAUAGCUUAUCUUGUUGGACAAAUGUUUACGACUAUUUUAUUAUUCAUUGUAUUUGUCAUCGAGUUAUUUCAAGUAAAAUUGGAAGAAUUAUAUAAAUUUGUACGAAAAAUGUUUGAUCAUUACUGGACUUAUAAUAGAAUGAAAACAAUAUUUUGGGAUCGAUUUCAAGCUAAAUACGUAAAACUUUAUGCUGAAAUUGUUGAUUUUAAUAAUUCUUUUGAUGUUAUGCUUUUCUACAUAGAAACAGUAUCAAAAUCGUCUAUCAUAAUAUCAUGCAUGUUUUACAGUAAACAAAAAGAAAUAAGUCAAUAUUGUAUAAUGGUAAUUUUAUCAUUAAUGUCAACUUUUAUUUGUGUAACUAUUCUUUAUUCACGUGUUGCACGAUUACCAUCAUAUAAUCGUCGUUGUUAUUAUCAGAAUAAAAAUAUACCAUGGACAUGGAAAACAUUUCGAUAUACAUUUUUAUUGACACCAAUGACAUUGUUUUCAAUAAUAUUUUUAGGUAUAUUGGCUAUAUGGCCAGACAAUCAUCCAUUUAUGGAUUAUCAUGUUGUUGAAACAAUAUUAAAAACUGAACGUAUGGAUUUAUUCAUAUUGGCAUUAUUUAUUAUGUCUAUCAUAUUGGAAGCAAUCUUUCGAUUAUAUAUUAUUAAUUGUAUUUGUACGAUUGUUCUUGCGUAUUAUUGGUCAAUCAUAUUUUAUACGAAAAAUCUUACAACAUUUAGACAAUUAGUAUUCACUUUUCCAGCAUAUUUUGUGGCUUGUUGGAAUUUAACUUAUCUUAUUGGACAAUUGCUUUUGACCGUUUUAACAUUUAUUGUGUUUGUCAUUGAAUUUUUUCAAGUAAAAUUUGAAGAAUUAGAUAAACUAGCGAAGAAAGUGUCCAACCGUCAUUGGACUAAAAAUGAAUUUAUGAAAAUAUUCUGGAGUAGAUUUCAAGUUGAAUAUGUGAAACUUUAUGCUGAAAUUUCUGAUUUCAAUAAAUCAUUUAGUGUGAUGCUUUUGUAUAUGGAAACGGUAUCCAAAUCAUCCAUCAUAAUAUCAUGCAUGUUUUACAGCAAACAAAAAGAGAUAGGUGAAUACUUUAUGGUGGCAAUCUUAUCAUUAAUGUCAACUUUUGUUUGCGUAACAAGUCUUUAUUCACGUGUAGCACGAUUACCAUCACAUAAUCGUCGUUGUUGUAAAUCUAUAAUUAAAUGGUUAGCACGAACACAAUGGUCAUCAUCAAAAACAAAAUUUAAAAAUACAAUUACAAGACAAGGGAUUAUAAUUAUAAACCGUACUACAAUCAAAUCGAAUCUGUUCGUUCAAACUAUGAGCGAAAAUCAACUUGGUUUCACAUGUGGUCAUCUAUUUUUUAUAACAAAAUUCAAAUACAUUGAAUUGCUUUUAAUGAACAUUCCAAUGAUAUUUAUGUUUUAUGAACAAUUAUGUAUGGAUUCAUAA